CAUCACACUGUUCGAUGACUGUUCCUUUGGAGCAGAAGGUCAAAUAUCAUUCAUUUUCAAACCUAAAAUAUUCCAACAACCAAAAACCAGCACUGAAGCAUAUACUAUCAAGUUUCAAGGCUCUCAUCUCUGUUUCUCACUUUCUCUGAAAAACAUUAUCAUCUUCUUCUUUUUUCUCUGAAAACUGAUCGUAAAAGGAAUCAAUCAACCAUGUCGACCCAACAACAGCAAGAUGAUGGUCAUAUAAUUAUGUUUCCAUUCAUGGCGCAAGGUCACCUCACACGAUUUAUAGCGUUAGCAAAGUUCAUCUCUCAAAGAAAACCAAACACUAAAAUCACUUUUGUUACUACUCCUCUCAACUUCAGACGCCUUCAACCAACUCUCCAAACCAACAAUAUUUGUUUAGCUGAGCUUCCAUUCUCAAGUGCUGAUCAUGGGUUACCACCAAAUACUGAAAACUGUGAUUCUUUACCACCUCAUCUGAUCGCAACGCUAUUGUACGCAUCGAAAGCUCUAAAACCUUCUUUCGACAAUCUUAUAGACGAGAUCAUAAGAGCUGAAAAACGUGUCCCUAGUUGUAUUAUCUUUGAUUUUUUCUUUGGUUGGGCUACAGAGACUGCUAAUCGUGUCGGCACGCCUAGUUUUGUAUUCACUCCUGGUGGGUAUGGAACGGCUAUGAUGUUCUCAAUGUGGUUACAUUCCCCGCAUCGUAAAAACGGAGACGAUUCUAAGGAACUUAUUGAAGAAUUUCACGUACCUAAAUUCCCUGAUGCGUGUCGACUACAUAUAUCUCAACUUCCUUCCCGUCUAAGAGAUUCAAAUCAAGAAUUCACUACAUAUGCUGAAUUUUACCGGAUGCAUAUUUCUUUUUCACAGAAAUCGGAUGGGAUGUUGUGUAAUUCUGUUGAAGAAAUAGAAGUUGUUGGUUUGGAAGCUCUUAGAAAUCUUAUGGAGCCAAAACCAGUUUGGCCGAUUGGUCCAUUACUUCCUUCAUUUUUGCUGCAGGGUAAUCAGAAUAAGAACAAUGGAUGUGUUGCUUCACAGUCAAGGACAGGGAAAGAAUUUGGAAUUUCUCCAGAGAGUUGUAUUGAGUGGUUGAAUCAUCAAAAACCAUCUUCAGUUCUAUUCAUUUCAUUUGGUUCUCAAAAUACAAUUAGUGCUCCAAAAAUGAUGGAAUUAGCUCUGGGUUUGGAGAAGAGUGGAAAGUGUUUCAUAUGGGUGUUAAGACCACCAAGUGGAUUCGAGAAUACAACUGAAUUCAAAUCGGAAUGGUUACCGGAAGGAUUUGUUGAAAGGAUGAGUCAAACUAAAAAAGGGUUGUUAAUCAAAACAUGGGCACCUCAGCUGGAGAUACUGUGUCAUAGAUCAACAGGGGCAUUUCUUAGUCACUGUGGGUGGAAUUCAGUGUUAGAGAGUUUGAGUCAAGGGGUACCCAUAAUUGGAUGGCCAUUAUACGCAGAGCAACCUUAUAAUUCAAAGAUGUUACAAGAAGAGAUGGGGGUGUCUGUGCAACUGGCUAUAGGAAAUGAAGGUGAAUUAUAUAGUGAGGAUGUGAAAAAUGUAGUUAAGUAUGUAAUGGAUAGUAGUCAAGGAGAAGAAAUGAGGAAUAAGGCGACUGGGAUUGCUGAGAAAAUUAGAGCUGCCAUGAGUGAAGAUAUUGAUGAAGCUGGUAGUCAUCAGAAAGGCUCUACUAUUAAAUCAAUUGAUGAUUUUCUUGCAAACGUGACUUCUAAAAAGUUGUCAUAUGAGUCGGUUCUUUAAUCGAAUGCUUUUCUUAUGAAGUAUCUGUUGAUAUAAAAUACUAGCAAUCGCGCUAUGGGCAUGUUUACAUUUUGGUAACGCAUCGUGUGCUUGUUGUAUUCGGUUCCUUACUGGUCUGAGUACAUGUUUAUGUUAAUAAGGUUUACUCAAUUGCUUGAUAUAGGAAUGUGCUAUCUUUAUGGUCUUGUUUGUAAUGCAAUUCUGGUAGCUAGAUCAUUAUCUUUUUUAAUGAAAUAAAGUUGUCUUUAGUUCCA